CAUUCUUCUUGUGAUUUCUUUCUGUACAAAAAUAUAUACUGUGGAGAGUGCCUUCAUACCUCGGCCACCUGCAAAAUUCCCAAGCCUUUCGCCGCCUUCUACUACUACCCAAUAUCCUCUCUUUGAAAUCUUUUUUACUCAUUACUUUCUUUUCUUUAUUUGUCCCUCCUCUCUCUCUAAAUUCUUCUUUACAUUUUCGAGAAGUACAGUUGUUUUUCUUGGAGCUCAAAAACCCAAGUGGGAGUUUAGCUGUGAAUAUUUGUACUUUUUUGGAAAGCUAGGUUGAGCAUGUGGAGACCCAAAUAUUGGUGUUUUCAAGAAUAAAAGAAUUUAUCUUUGUUGAAGUAAAUAAUACUUAGUUCAAGACUGAGAUUUUCUUGCAUAAAGUUUGGUGCUUUUUUCAUUUGGAUGAGAGCUGAUCUUGGACCUGAGUGUUAAUUUGGUGUGUUUUGAAGAGGUGUUGAAGGGUUCCUAAUAAUGUCAGAGUGCCCAAAGUUGGAGCAAUUCUGAGUUAGCAGUUAUCACAGUUCUCUACAUCAUGCCUCUCUCUGAGUUUUUGAAAAUGGCUAGAGGGAAGCUUGAAUCUGGCCAACAGAAAAUCUCAUCUACAACUCAUCUCUCUUCUUUUCCUGAGAAUGACUUGGUUGAGCUUGUAUGGGAAAAUGGUCAGAUUAUGAUGCAAGGCCAGUCCAGUAGUGCUAAGAAGAGCCCUAUGCCUAAUAAACUACCAUCAAAUGCCUCAAAGAUUGGGAAGUUUGGUGUGAUGGACUCUAUGUUGAAUGAUAUGCCAUUAUCUGUGCCCGCUGAUGAACUGGAUUUGAUUCAAGAGGAUGAAGGGGUGCCUUGGUUAGGUUAUGCAGCAGAUGAUAGUCUUCAACAAGAUUAUUGUUCUCAGUUUUUGCCUGAAAUAUCUGGUGUGACGGCAAACGAACCAUCCGGACAGAGUGAAUUUGGUUUAAUAAAUAAGAGAGGUAGUUCCGAUAAGAUGAUUAGGGAUUCACAUAGUGUUCCUAUUCAUAAUGCUGGUAAUUUUGAGCUAAGAAAGGUUUCUCCUUCUUCCAAAUUUAGCCAGUUAUGUUCAUUGGCACCUCAGAAAGGUCAUCUAGAAUCAGGAGUUUCAGAUGUCUUUAGCAGUAAAAUUAGCUAUACUCCAGUGUCAGUGUAUGGGGAUUCAGGUCAAAAUCAAGCUGCAGCUGGUGAGGUCAAAAGCAUUAAAAUCCAAAAGCAACGUAUGCCUGGAAGUUGCUCCAGCUUGCUGAACUUCUCGCAUUUCUCAAGACCUGCUACAUUUGUUAAAGCAACUAAGCUUCAAAAUAUUACUGGGGGCUUAGUCUCAGAUUCAUCUACCUUAGAAGCAAAGGGAAGUAAAGAAGGAGAAAAUGUGACAAAUAGCCACAAUCAUGUUAAUGCUGCAGCAGUCGAAGACUAUUUAAGUUCCAAGAAGGAAAAUGACCUCCAUUAUCCAACUAAUGUGGUACCUUCUCAACUCGAGUCAAGAGCGUCUGGGGCUAGCUUUCACGAUAGAUCAUGUCGCGUUGAACAGUCUGAUAAUGUAUUCAGAGAUAAUUCGAGUAAUAGUGACAACACCCCUGGUCAGUUUACUGGUGCAAAGGCAAAGCCAGAUACAGCUGAUGGUGAGAGAAAUGCUGAACAUGGGGUUGUUUGUUCAUCUGUAUGCUCUGGUAGCAGUGCAGAGAGAGGAUCAAGUGAUCAGCCUCAUAAUCUAAAGAGGAAAUCCCGAGAUAAUGAGGAUUCCGGGUGUCCAAGUGAAGAUGUUGAAGAAGAAUCUGUUGAUAUCAAAAAAACUUGCCCUACUCGAGGAGGUACAGGUUCAAAGAGAAGCCGAGCUGCAGAGGUGCAUAAUUUAUCUGAGCGGAGGCGAAGGGAUAGGAUUAACGAAAAGAUGCGUGCAUUACAGGAACUAAUACCCAACUGCAACAAGGCGGAUAAAGCUUCAAUGCUUGAUGAAGCUAUUGAAUAUUUGAAGACACUUCAACUGCAAGUACAGAUAAUGUCUAUGGGAGCAGGGUUUUGUGUCCCGCCAAUGAUGUUUCCUGCUGGAGUGCAGCACAUGCAUGCUGCUCAAAUGCCACAUUUCUCUCCAAUGGGUUUUGGGAUGGGUAUGGGAAUGGGGAUGGGCUAUGGAAUGGGUAUGCUUGAGAUGAAUGGUAGAUCCUCUGGCUGCCCUAUUUUUCCAAUCCCCUCUGUUCAAGGAUCGCAUUUUCCGUCACCUCCAAUUUCUGCCUCUGCUGCUUAUCCAGGAAUCGCUGUAUCCAAUCGUCAUGCCUUCGCACAUCCUGGUCAAGGACUUCCCAUGCCAAUCCCACGACCAUCUUUGGCUCCUUUGGCAGGGCAAGCAUCAACUGGUGCUGCUGCCCCUUUGAACGCUGCAAGGGUAGGAGUUUCAGUGGACAGACCGAGUGUACCACCGAUUUUAGAUUCCAAGAAUCCAGUACACAAGAACUCACAGAUAGUCAAUAAUGCUGAAUCUAGCCUCCCAAUAAAUCAGACAUGCAGUCAGGUGCAAGCAACAAAUGAAGUUCUGGACAAAUCAGCUUUGGUGCAAAAAAAUUGUCAACUCCUUGAUGUUACUGAUAGUGAAGCUAAUAACUUGACCAGCCAAUCAGAUGUGCCCGGAAGUGAAGCUGGUGAGUUUGUAUUAGAAAAGACUCUGUGACAUUCAUUUGAUCAGUGGCAACUUAAUGCAGUGAGGAGCAACUUCGUUCGUUAUACUAAGAUGUAAAAGUGAAGUUCUUUCCUAUUAUAUUGCAAAUCUCGGCCAAAACACCCUUUGUUGUACAUAUGUUCCUCGCUUUUGGGUAUGCAACCUGGAAGAAAUUUGAGUAUUUCACUGAAUGAUCCGAGUCUUUUAUACAGGUUCCAGUUCGUAGUCACAACUUUAUGUUUUGAUCAAUGAAUGAGAAGAAGUCAUUUUCUCAUUCAGUGGAAGGUCCCCUCUUUUAAAUCCGGCCAGUAUGCAGUUCUGAAAUCUAAUUGCUGCUAACUAUAGGGUUCCAUGCUGGUUUUUGUGACUACCAUCGGAAUGUAGCAUCAACAUAGAGUACGAAUGCACAGAUUUUGGUAAUGUAAAGAGAGACCAUAAUUUUCUCCUUCAAAUGUACAUCCUAAAAGCAGUUGUAGCAUACUUCUUCCCACUCUCCCCAUGAAGGAUCAAGUAUUUGGCAUCUCAACUGUGUUAUGUGUACCUGACAUAUCAACAUGUUGUUUACAUAAUAAGAAAGCGCAAGGGAGUUCUCAUUUAUUCAUCUGUACCUUUCAAUAUCAAUGAAACCUUCUCUUUCUCUGGUGAUCA